UGAAAUUAUUAUUAUAAACCAGAUGCGAAUUGUUCCCAUUUGACGAUCAACAUUUACACGCACAGUUCAAGUUUUUGUAAGCUUCUGUUAAAAGCUUUCUUCCAACACAUUAACAUCAGCUUUAUCUUCCUUCGUACCUUUGGUCCCAAGUGGCAACCUUGCAGGUUCCGAGCAACCAUGAGGUACCGAUACCGUCGACCAGUACCAUGGUAUAUACCAUGAGAUUACCUUGUGAGUUGUGAAUGGUCCGGUUGGAAAGAGUCGUUUCCGCGAUGCUGAUGUGAUUACGUUCUACCGCGAAUGAAACUGUGCAUGCUGAGCGGAAAAACAUUACAUAGCAUUGACAGGUUAUGGAAGAAAAACCCAGUCUAUCUUGCCUUGAAGCAACCACAUCAGUAAUCCUUCCGGGUGGAAUCGAUAAAGAAGGACGGCCUAUAUUUCUGGUUACUGUACCAACAGAUACAACUUCCUUAGAGAUAACCACUCCUUUGAAAUAUUUGCUUUCUAUUUUCAGCAAGUCGUCAAAAAGAGCCGGAUUCACGGUUUUAUUAGAUGCAAGAAAAGGUUCUUGGAGAUUGUCCAGAUCAUGCAUUAGGCAGACGAUUGACACGUUCCCAGAAGGGGAACUUCGAAAGUUGGUUGUGUUGAAACCAGAUGGAUUUUGGGAUAAACAGAGGGUGGAGAAUUGCACCGUACCACAAAAAGAUCAAGAAGUGAUAUUUAUCCCAAGAUCUCGCUUGAACAAGUUCGUAGAUCAGUCGCAGCUUCCUGUCGAACUGGACGGUGGAUUAAUUUAUAGUCAUGAGAAAUGGAUCGAGAACAGACAAAAAGUAGAAGAAUUUUACAAAGACGCCGAAGUAACAAUAAAAGAACUGGAAGAACUUCGACAACAUGUGAUACGAAGUAAAGCACUUAGAGCUAGCCAAGUCGAAGAGGCCAUUAAUACCAGUUACGAUAUGGAGGAAGCCACAAAAAUGUUCGUACACAACGCAACUGAAACAGGCAAAGAACUGGUUCAAAACAUUGAAUAUGAAAACCGCACUAGGAAAUUAUCGAUAGACCAUAUUGACCAGACAUUUACACCUCAGGAUACGUUAGAUACGAUAGAACGAAUACAUAGCAUAGUUAACGAGAUAAGGGAAAAGCAGCAGGAAAUUGAGACGAACUGGAACGAGAUGGAAAAAAGUCUAGUCGAUACCAAAGAUUUAAAUGAAUUGAAGAAGAAAGUCGUCAAAGUAACAAAUUGGAUUUUAGGCCCUGCUGAGCAAUUGAUGAGCUUCAACCAAAAAGUGGGAUACGAUGUCGCAUCAGCAGAAGAGCUGAGAAGAGAUCAUGAAACCAUCGAGCUGCAAUGCUGGGAAACAUAUGGAGCAUAUGCUGAACUGCUUCAUCGAAUUAACAGCAUGUCUGAAAGUGCAGAUGAAAAUCUCGUCGCUCAGCACAAAGAUUUGAUAUCACAGAAGGAGUUUAUGGAUUUUGUCUGCAAAAGUUUCGCCAUGAGGGUGGAAAAGCGGAGGAAUAUCCUUAUAACGUCCCUGCGAUUCUUCAGAUUAGUGUCCGAAUAUUUCGACAAAACCGGAGAGGUAUUUGAUUCGUUGGUCAUGGGGACGGAUAUCAACGAUUUUGAUGCUGCAGCUUUUAAACUUGAUGAGUUGCAAGAAAGUCAAUCAUAUCUGGAAUCGGUUGAACAAGAAAUCCUCCGAGAAGGAGAAAAGUUGUCCGACAUGCUUUCAAUGCCAGUCAAAGAUGCUCUUGGACAAGAAAUUGAAGCUGACUACAGCGAAGACAUUGUGAAUAUCCACGACGUCUUAGAUGCCACUGUUGCAAGAAAAAAUAUAUUUAGUGAUAGCGUGGAACUGCAGAAGUUGACGCUGCAACAAAUCACUUUUAUAGAUCGUUACGAGAAAGACGCUGAGCAGGCGAUUAACUGGUUGGGGGACAUAUUGAGAGUCAUGCUAAGGGACUAUGGUCAUGUUGGAUGUACUGUUUAUGAGAUUCAAUUGCAAAAGGAUGAGCAUCAAGCGUUCCAAGAGACAGCAAAGUGCACAUAUAACUACGGCUGCCAGCUAUUGAACGCUUCCCUUCAACUGCGCCAGUCUUGCAAAUUACCCAUCGAACCUCACAGUAACAUGUUCCACAUUUUGAGGAACAAUUGGGACAGGACGCAAUCAAUCAGUCAAGAACAAAUGACCAGGUUGCGAGUGUCAGCAGUUUUCCAUAGGUCAAUAGAGGAGCAUUGUAAUCAGCUGCGUGAUUUAAGAGAAGCUGUAGCGACAAUUCCCAUUCUUAGUUUAGCAAAAAGGAGAUUGAAAGUGCAUCAGUAUUUUGACGACAGGGAAAAGCUGAUGGUGGAAGUUGGAAGAAUGGUGAGGCUGGGCCGAUUGCUUAGAAGCCGACUGAAGGAGCCACUUUACGAGGAGGAAUCAUUUUUCACUCCUGCAUCUGUUGCCAACCACAUCGAAGACGAAUUCCAAAAGCUUUGCAACAACUCGAUAAAAAAUAAUGAGAUUGCCAUAGAAGCGAUUUCGGAGAGACUCUCAGAAGUAACGCAACUCUCAGAAGAGCUUGACCAAGCUUUGAAAAGCGCUCAGCAGGAUUGUAUUGUAUUUUCUACAACAUCCACAUCUACCAGUACUGUUGGGGAAGUUAAUAAUAAUUACAUCGAUCUUCCGAAAAUUGACAUUAGCAGCAUGGACAAUGAGAAUAAACCUUUUGAGAAAGUGAACAAGACAGACGAUCAGCUUCGCUCAGACGAAGAGUUCCUAACCGCUUCUGACACUACUCUGCAGCAUUCGCGCUCUUCCUCCUAUAACACCGCCUCAGAAUGCGAGCAACACUUUUCGUCAUGGUGGCAGCAUGGAAAAGACGAUAUGCGAGAGAACGUUUCCAAGGAGAAAAUGGUUCUGGCUGUUGGAUGUCCACCCGAAGGAGAACUCCCUCUUUCAAAAGAGGUGUUGAAGCCUUCACCAGAAGUUCCACCAGGAAAAAUUGUCAGGGAGGUCACAGAAACAACGCAUAUCAAGGUUCAGCAGAGACAUAAUUUGGGUGUUAAAUCUUUUGUGCUCACAUCAGAAAUCGUUAGGGAAAAGGACUCGGAAGGGCCAAUCACCACUAGAGAAGAAACAGUGAAAUAUCAGACUGAAGAUGGAAAAGAAGUGACACACAAAGUGGAUAAACCUGGAGCUAACUUUCACCCAGAUGAUCUGCUAGCUAGAAUAAACGAGGUAGGUGUGUUUGAGCAAGAUGGAGCUUGGAGUAAUUAUAGCAGCUAUCGAAACGUUACGCAACAAACCAUAAAGAAGUUUAUGCUGAGCUAAGUUGCAAAUGUUCCGUUAAAAAUUACCACUUGAUAGAGCAGUUUAGCGUUAUUCGAGUUGUAUAUUAAACACUUGCCCUCAUGUCUAAUUGGAUGGCUUUCCUAUAUUUAUAAGCACUUCUUGCCUAAGGAAUCUAAAAAACCUGCUCGGAUUUUUCAUAAAUCUACGAAAAAUUAAUUUCUCGAUUAAUAGUCAUUCGUAGGUAUAAUCCAAUGUGCCAAUUUUUUAUUCUUAGAUCAAUUGUUUUACUGUCGUAUAUUUUAUUCUACAAGGCAUUUUAUUUACAUUGUUAAUGCUUUAUUUUGCUUUUUGUAUAAUAAUUGUUAAUGUGCUAUUUUGUUGGUCAUUAAACACUUUAUUAAAAACG